CGCCCCGGGAGUUGGAGUCCGAUCUUGUCCCUCGGCCUCGCUGCUAGGUCCCCUCGCGCCAGGCGGCCGCUCGCCCCUCGGGACGGCCACCCACGAGCACUCGGGCAGGAGGACGCCGAGGAGGGUGUUGCGUGCCGGGGCAGCGCCUCCCAAAGAUGCGGGAUGGCAGCCCAGUCGCCGUCCAGCCUCUCCUACCGCACCACGGGCUCCACCUGCCUGCACCCGCUCAGCCAGCUCCUGGGCAUCCCGCUGGACCAGGUGAAUUUUGUGGCAUGCCAACUCGUUGCUUUGUUUGCUGCUUUCUGGUUUCGCACCUACUUAAGUCCCGGUAAAACCAGUCCCUUGGCCCGGCACACGUUUGCCACCAUUUUUGGCAUCUACUUUGUCAUCUUUUGUUUUGGCUGGUACUCUGCACAUCUGUUUGUGCUGGUGUUAAUGUGCUAUGGGAUCAUGGUCACUGCAAGUGUAUCCAAUAUUCACAGAUACUCUUUUUUUGUAGCAAUGGGAUACUUGACGAUAUGCCACAUCAGCAGAAUAUACAUCUUCCACUAUGGAAUCCUCACGACGGAUUUUUCUGGGCCUCUGAUGAUUGUCACUCAGAAGAUCACAACCUUGGCAUUCCAAGUUCACGACGGACUAGGUCGAAGAGCUGAAGACCUGUCUGCUGAACAGCAUCGACUUGCUGUAAAAGUAAAACCCUCUUUUUUGGAAUACUUAAGCUACCUUCUCAACUUCAUGAGCGUCAUAGCUGGACCUUGUAACAAUUUCAAGGACUAUGUAGCCUUCAUUGAGGGGAGACAUAUACACAUGAAGCUGCUGGAAGUGAACUGGAAGGAAAAGGGUUUCCACACCCUGCCAGAACCAUCUCCCACAGGAGCGGUGAUACACAAGCUGUGCGUGACCCUGGUAUCUCUCCUCUUGUUUUUGACGCUCACGAAGACCUUCCCCGUCACCUGCCUGGUUGAUGACUGGUUUGUUCACAGGGCAGACUUUCUGACCCGACUGGGCUACUUAUAUGUCGUCAUGCAAGCCUCCAAGCCGAAGUAUUACUUGGCCUGGACGUUAGCUGAUGCCGUGAAUAACGCAGCUGGCUUUGGGUUCAGCGGAGUGGAUCAGAAUGGAAAUUUCUGUUGGGAUCUGCUUUCUAACCUAAACAUCUGGAAAAUUGAGACUGCUACAAGUUUCAAAAUGUACCUAGGAAACUGGAAUAUUCAGACAGCUACUUGGCUAAAGCGAGUGUGCUACGAGCGGGUGCCCUGGUACCCCACAGUGCUCACCUUCAUCCUGUCUGCCCUGUGGCAUGGUGUCUACCCUGGGUACUAUUUCACCUUCUUAACUGGAAUCCUCGUCACCGUAGCAGCCAGAACGGUGAGGAACAACUGUAGACACUAUUUCCUGUCUUCAAAAGCCCUCAAGGCCGUGUACGACGCAGUCACGUGGGCUGUCACUCAGCUGGCCGUCUCCUACACCGUGGCGCCCUUCCUCCUGUUGGCGGUGGAGCCAGCUGUCAGUUUGUACAAGUCCAUGUACUUUUAUUUACACAUCAUAUGUCUCCUGAUAAUACUAUUUCUGCCCAUCAGACCACAUACUCAUAUUCAAAGGCAGCCUCAGAACUCGGUCAAUAAGAAGAAAACAGAUUGAUAUCUCCAGGAAGAGCUGGAUAUGGAAAACUGCAAAAUAUUGGAAAGAUGAGAUGAAAAGGCUCAAGGGUUCUUCAGUGACUUAGAGGGGAUGUUUACAUGCUUUUUUUUUUUUUUUAAUAAAAGUGCAGGGAGUAUUUUUAUAAAGCCCUUUUGUACGGCUAAACCAGCCACGUCCAGUUGGUGUGUUUUAGUAUCUUAUGGGACGCGGAGUGGUGUGGAGGUGCAUGGAGAACACGCUUCAGUUGCAGAAGCGGUCCAUGCCGGGCUGCUGGGUCUUCGCUCUUCUGGCAUGAUUUUCAGCCACUGAAAUGUGGGGGUUGGCACCUGCACAUCUGCUCCAGGAGGGGACUGCUGAGACUUGUCCUAGGUGUCUUCAACUAGAACAUACCACCUGUGGUUGGUUCCUUGGGAAGCCCCAAAUCAUUUGACUUGUGACAUGACCGUUUCGAACACAAUGACUACUCGAGGACCGUGGAGGAGCAGGGUCAGGGAGCGUGUUUUUCAGGUACUGAAAACGGUACGAGCCAGGAGGACUCACCGUGAACACUUGAAUGGACUGAAAGCCAGCCAUGCCCUGAAGUAGGCUGCAUUUUCUUCCAGGGAUGUAUCUCUUCCCUGUUUUCUUCUGAACUGAGCCAAGAGUAUGAAUCAGAAAGUCUCGUGUGCACACACACCAGGAGUCCAGGAGGGGCUGCUGUUCCCAGAUCUUUUCCCAUUUCACACACGCCCCUGGCUUGUCCAGGGGUGGCCCCAAGAAAACUGCCCCGAGUUCACACCAUCAAAGGCAGAAAAAGUGUCUUCUAAAGAAGAAAUUUUUUAAAAGAGUAAUUUAAAGUUAUAGAGAAGUUUGGUAAAAGAAGAUACUUUGCCCUUUUCUGCACUCAUUUCACAGAGGUGUUAAUAUCCGUGGCUAUGACGGGCUGACUUUAAUUUUUCCAGUUUCAGAGCUGAUUAGAUCUGACUCUAUAUUAGUUGAACUAUCCUAUUGGAAAGCAAGGACCGUAAGACAGUUUUCUAUCUUUGUGAUGAAUGUGCUGUGGCUCCCUCUGGAGACUUCUAUUGGGUAAUAUUCUACAUGGGAGACUUCUAUUCUACGUGGGAGAAAGAAACACUGUAUUAAAUGUUGUGGAAAAUGAUGAUGAUGAUGAUAAAUUAUAUGCUACAAUAGUGUGUCCUCAAUCAAAUGACUUGGGAGGAGAGAAUUUGUUCAAAUUGAUGGUUAAAAAUUAGUUUCUUACUGAAUAAAAACUGUUCUAUAAAAGACGUAUUUCUGAACAGAAGAAUUGCUUUUUGUUUGUAUUAGUAGAGACUUGAUAUUCUGAAGUGUGUGUGUGUGUAUUUUAACAAAU